AUGAUGAAGGGGGAGCCGCUCGAGCUCGAGAUCGAGCUCGAGCUCCCCCGCCUCGGCUCGUCGGCGUUCGCGCGGUACAGGCCUCCUCCGCCCCCGUUCUCUCUCGAUUUGGAACCCCCGAGCACCCCUGAUCAUUUCCCCUUUCUCCCCCGCUUCUUUUCCAGACGAAAACGACCGGAACCGUCGACGCCCGAAGCUCCUCCGCCGCGUGACCUCGUCGCCGGCAAACCAGGCCACCCCGGCGACCGCAACCACCUCCACCCGAACGGCGACCCGAUGCUGAGUCCAGCCGUACCCUCGCCCGACCUCGCCGUGCCCUACAUCGACGGUGAGCUCGCCGACCCUUUAUCGCAGGAGCCGCUCGAGCUCGAGAUAGAGCUCGAGCUCCGCCGCCUCGGCUCGUCGGCGUUCGUGCGACGGAAACGGCCGAAACCGUCGACGCCCGAAGCUCCUCCGCCGCGUGACCUCGUCGCCGGCAAACCAGGCCACCCCGGCGACCGCAACCACCUCCACCCGAACGGCGACCCGACGCUGAGUCCAGCCGUACCCUCGCCCGACCUCGCCGUGCCCUGCAUCCACGCCGGUGAGCUCGCCGGCCAUUCAUAG